CACCGGCUCUGUAUGGUGUGGAGUAUGUCCUCCUGUCGUUGAGAGACGAUCUUUGUGCUGGAACGCGUCGUCACAGUUCCGUACAGCGUUUUCCUUUGCGUUCAGUGGAAGGUACAGGGUUAUUUACGCGGAGUCCUACUCUGACACGCCAACGCCGCUCAGAGUGCACAAUUACCUCGACAUGUUAUUCCGAUAUUCUUAAGUAGGGGUUUUCUCUCUGUCUUUCCCCCUCGGGGCUGACAGUAGGCUCCACGUUUAGCCCCGAGCCUUGCAGGAAAAAAAGGGGGAUGCAUUGCAGCUAGCUCGCUGUUAGCUUUCGCGUCGGCUUUGCGAAGAGCGCCGGAUCAACGAAGGGAGCAGGGCACAUCGUAAGUCAAACGACAUAGUGCACUAUGACAGACAGGGUUAUGAGUAAAGCAGCCACAAUGGAGAUUCCCAUCAACAGCAACGGCGACACGGGGGCGUUAGCGGAAGACGACAGCCUUGAACAGGCUGCAAAGCUGCAGUGGAGCUUAGAUGAGAAGGUAGGGAGCUCCAGAGGCACCAGGGAUCUACAGCAGGUGAUGGUAUCGGGUCCCAACCUUAACGAGACGAGCAUCGUUUCUGGAGGCUAUGGCGGAACAGCAGAGGGGAUCAUUCCCACUGGCUCAAUCAUAGGUCCCAACAUGCAGCACAGCAGCAGCAGCUCGUCAAUGACGGCAGAAGAGGCGACACGCGGCGUGGCUGUGGAGAAAUAUGAAGCAGUAAAGAAAUGGGGCCUAAACACCUACAAGUGCACAAAGCAAAUGAUCUCGGAGCGUUUCGGUCGGGGCUCUCGGACUGUUGAUCUGGAGCUGGAGGCUCAGAUAGAGGUCCUGAGGGACACGAAAAGGAAAUAUGUAAAUGUGCUGCGAUUGGCCAAAGCGCUGACCAAUCAUUUUUACAACAUGGUGCAGACGCAGCACGCGCUGGGUGACACGUUUGCUGACCUCAGUCAGAAAUCUCCAGAGCUGCGGGAUGAGUUCGGCUACAAUGCAGAGACCCAGAAACUGCUCUGCAAGAAUGGGGAGACUUUACUUGGUGCCAUUAACUUCUUCGUGUCCAGCAUCAAUACAUUAGUCAACAAGACAAUGGAGGACACGCUGUGGACAAUCAGGAUGUAUGAAAACGCCAGACUGGAGUUCGAUGCCUACCGGUCAGACCUGGAGGAGCUGAGUUUGGGUCCAAGGGAUGCAGUGACCAUGGCACGUAUUGAGGCUGCACAAGAGCAGUACCAGGUUCAUAAGGAAAAGUACGAACGCCUUCGUUCAGAUGUUAUCAUUAAGCUCAAAUUUCUGGAGGAAAAUAAGGUGAAGGUAAUGCAUAAGCAGCUCCUUCUCUUCCAUAACGCCAUCUCGGCGUACUUUGCCGGCAAUCAGCAGCAGCUGGAGGAAACACUGAAGCAGUUCAACAUAAAGCUGAGGCCCCCGGGGGCCGACAAGCCUUCUUGGUUAGAGGAGCAAUGAGGGACCCUGCAGCCUUCCUUUCAAACCCCCCAGCUUGCAGAGGACCUCUACAGAAGGAAACAAACUGAGAUACAUUGGUGGAUAUAGAUACUAUAGAGAGUUUUUUUUUUUCUUUUUUUUUUAGAUGGAUGAUUUAUUCUUGAAUUUAACGCAGCAGAAAAGUGGCCAGUUUCAUAAAAAUCAGGGGGUUUUCUGUGCCUCUCUUCCCAACUUCCUUUACCCAGGCUAACUUCUCCUUAUGCUCUGUUCCUUGACAAACUUCACCUUUUUUUCCCCCUCAAUGCUUAUUGUUACCACCUUCCCUAUCUGGGCACCCAUUCUGCAGUGUGUGCUUGUGUUAGUCAUGUUUAUGGCCGUUAUUGUACUCCUAAGUGCUGCCAGUGAUCGGAGUUGAUGGUAAAACUCCACAGUCUUAGUAACAGAGGCUGCUGUGAAGAAUAAAAUGACAAAAUGUAAAAAAACAAAAACAAAAAAAACCACACACAGCUGUAAUUUAACACUACUUUCAACCUAUUGACCCCUUAUCACUCUUCCACUGUGCCUCCUUAUUUAUGAGCAACAGGUAAAUCUCAAUAAAUUAGAAUAUCAAGCAAAAGUUGAUUUAUUUUCAUUCAAAAAGUUAAACUCGUUUAGAUUCAUCCCACACUGUGAUGAUUAUGUCUUGGAGUUGAUGAAAACCCAUUAUCCAUCUUAUGAAAACAAAAUCGAUACCAAUUGACCAAUAAAAAUUAUUGUUUUUUUCUACAUAAAUGUUAUUUUAUAGCCUAGCCUACACAAUUGGAUUGAAGACAUGACAGUUGUUCAACAGGCAAGCUGUGACAUCUUCCACUAGGACGGUAAGGGGCAAAAGGUCAUCGCUAAAGAGGCUAAAUGUAGUGAAAAAACAUUGAUGGAAAGUUGAGUGGAAGGAAAAAGUGAGCAUGAAAAUGAUGCGACGACAGAGAUGCAUUUUGUACAAUGUAUUAUCUAAACUCAACACUUUUACCACAAGAUUUUAGAGCACUUCAACCUUUUAUGAAGAUUUUUAUCAUUUUCCAGCAAGACUUGGUACCUGUACUACCAAAAGCUAUAAUCACCACGGUAUCACUAUGCUUUACGGACCAGAAACUGGCCUGAAAUCAGAUGACAUUUCAGUUGGCCGACAUUUCUGUACUUAAAAUGCUUUAAUUGUUUAAUGGCAAACGUGAUUAUGUCUUCAUGGGCGUUUAAGUCAUAAUCAUCAGAAUACCACAAAUUAAUACUUAAUAUAUGUACUUCCGCGUUUUGGGAAUCUAUAUAGUAUGAGUUUGACUUGUUGAAUGAAGUUGCCAAAAUAAGGUUGAUGUUGCAACUUAUUGAGAUACACCACUAAUGUGGUGAAUAAAAGAUGGAUAUCCAGGGAAGAAGUUGGGGAAAUUGUUUCUAAACACACAUUUCUGUUUCUUUUGAACUGGUAAAUGUCUAGAUAUUCCAAAUCACUGUAAAUGUCUAAUCCUUCACUUAACAAAAAAACAAACAAACACUAAGUUCUUCAAUUAAAUUAACAUCGUGUCUGUUUUCUCCAUGAUAGACUUUACUCUUCAACAGGAAAAAUGUUACGUUUUGAUUCCGAUAUGCAACAAUCAUUUAAGGAGCACUGCCACAGCUUUCCUAAGUAAUUACAGCGGGGGAAAUACGCAUUUGAUACGCUGCAGAUUCUGCAAGUGUUUGCACCGAAAAGAGCGGAGAAUUUUCAUUUUCAAUUUACAUCCCAGUUCAACUCUGAGACCGGAUCAAAAAAAACAAUCCACAAAAUCAUAUAUGUAUGAUGUUCAAAUCAAUAUCAGCAUCAAAUACUUACAUUGCCCUGUGUAUCUUUUUGAUUUUAACUAAAAAUGUUUUGUUACCUAAAGAGAGCAGACUAAGAUGUCAAUUGGAUGUUGACCUUGUUUGCCUUGUUCACAUGGGUAUUUUCUUUUCUUUUUCACUGAUCGACUUUCUCAGCGGAACAUGCCCAUGUCCUUUUUACAACUAGUUUGAGACAGGAAACUGGAGUUACUUCCCUAGUUAGCUUGAAGAACAGUAUCAUGUAGAACAUUGUUACAUCUGUUUUUGAUCUUAAACACUUUGAAUCAUCCGUCUUGCAUUUGUGUAAAGCUAACCGUGAACAGCGGUUGCAUCUUCUGAUUCUGCUAAAGGGAGAACGUUGAUCUACGAUUAGCACCCUAGAAGGUUUCCAUUGCGAUAUAAUGUUACUAAUUGAUUGUUUUUUAGUACCGGAUCUCGGCAGCCUGGACGUAUGGUAACACUGAAGACUUUUGGAGAAAACAAUCACUGAAGGCAUUGGCUUAAAUUUUGUUUCAUGAAGAGAAUAUGUAAUAUUUUUUUUUUGUGUCACUGUAUUUAUUGUAUUCACAAGGUGUUGAUCUGUUUAAAUCGGCACUUUAUAUCCUAAGAUCUAUUUAGUUUGUGCAUAUGACAUUUAAGACGGUUGUACACCAAGAUGAAAUGACCAAAUCUAUGACAGAACCACUCCUAAAUAUGUCCUUUCCAGAAUCAUUGGUGCUGAUUCUGUACUAAUGAGGGCCUCCUUUAUAGUUGCCAUGAGUGAAGGUGUCACUGCUCCAGCUGCUCGCUCCUUAUUUGCAUGGCAGGUAGCAAUCCAGAGGUAGAUAUGCGCUCUCUCACUGAUGGUCAUCUCCUGCCUGCCAUGUUGGUCAUCUAGCAUGGCAACUGGCAACGUGUAAUUUGCUUCAUAAAAGCUGGCAGAAGCAAAGUCAAAACGUUUGUGUUUACUUGUCGUGUUGGGCUCCCAGGGAGAACGAUGGAAAAGAGUGGAGAGUUUGUUUAAAAGGCGAUGACUUUUAUAUAUCCGUUUACUGUCCAGCUCCUGGUCUGCUUGACUACCAUGAAGCAAUAUUAACAAAAUGUGAUCCUUCUUCUUUUUUUUUUUUUUUUUUUUUCUCCAAAUUGAGUUGUUUGAAAUUCCUUACCAGACAAUAAAAGGAGCAACAAUACAUUUGAUUUUGAUUCAUUGUUUUUUUUCCAUAGCUGCGGAAAUGGCUGAUGUACUGUAUGAAUGGUUGAAAAUCUGGUAUUUAUGACUAUAAAUGAAGCUGUUAUGGAUACUUUGCCUUCAUUCCUCACAUUUCUGAAGUCCCAACUGCAGCCUAAAGGAGCAAAAUUAAAACUUCACACGUUU